CAUUCCGCUAUAUGUUCUGCCACCGGUGCGAAUGGUUUAACAUGCACUAAAACAAGGCAGUUAAACGUUAUUUUUCUUGACUGGGGAAAAAACGCUUGACUUGAAUGUGAAGGAUUUUUCAAAAGUUUUUAUUUCCUUUUGCAAAGAAGUUUUUAUUAAUUUAAAAUAUUUUCAUAUUUUUAGUAAAAAUAACAUUUAAAAUAUCGAUUGUAGUCCGAACGCAGACAUGUAAUGUACACUAUAAUGUGCACACAGAUAAAAUAACAAGUGUGGUUUUGCGGUUACACAAGUAGCAGGAGAAAAGAAGAAAACUUAGAGAAAUACAUAAAACCGCGGGAGUUGUCGGAAUUAGACGUAGACGCUUGUCAAGUUUCAUCUUCUUUCUUAUCCGAAUGACGCAAAAGAGUUUAGUAUAAGCUCUAAUUAAAAUAACAUAUUAUAGAAGUUCAAUCAGAGAUAUUAUUUUCACGUACUUUUGUGGUAAUUUGUGUAUUUUUUCUUAUAACAUUUGUAGAAAAUUGUUAGAGUUAACAUUAAAUUGCAAAAAUGAAGAUUGGAGGACUGGUGAAUAUUGGAACGUGUUGUAAUGUGCUUGGACUUGUGUUAGGUGUACUUGUCACUGUAAUAGACCAGGUACGGUCGCAGCGUUCAACUCAAUGGUCAGAGGGUAGUCUGAGACUUGUAGGUGGGAGAACAAAGAAUGAGGGUACCGUACUGAUAUAUCACUGGUCACGUUGGGGUGCAAUAUGCGAUGAUUAUUGGGAUAUUAGGGACGCCAAUGUAGUUUGUAAUGAACUAGGAUUCGCAGGGGCGAAAGAGGCACCAAGGAGAUCCAGAUUUGGAAAAGGACGACGGAGGGUAUGGCUGUCUGGUUUACAUUGUCGAGGAAAUGAACGUCACGUGACUAUGUGCUAUUCUCGUGGGUGGGGUCGUCACGUUUCACACUGUAAAAGUUAUUGGUCUUCUGCUGGUGUGAUAUGUAACCGUAGGAGGACAACUACAACGACAACCACAACGACAACAACAACUCGCCCAACAACAACAACAAAGAAGACAACAACACCAACUACCACCAGGCCUCGUCCUACCACAACUACCACCACAACAACAACUACGACUACGCCCCGCCCAACCAAAGCAACAACAGAGAAAACAACUCAAAAACACACAACAGCGGAAAGAAUUACCCAGAAACCGACUACAACAGAAAAAGCAACCACCCCUAAACCGACGACGACGACAAAAAAGACGACGUCUGCUGCUGCUCCGCCUCCUGUGUACAAUAGAUGGAUUUAUGAUAGAGAGACAUGGAGAUACUAUAUGUACUAUAGAGAUGGCACUUUUAUAACAUCUGCGCCAGACCCGAGGUACGCCAGAGCAAGGAAUACUACGACCACAACCACCACCACCACAACAACAACACCUCGACCUACACCACGUCCACGCCGCAUAAACUACAAUACAAUCGACAACACAAUAGACGAAGACAGUAACAACAACAAUGGUAUAGAUAUUGCUAUUCGUAACAGUCUGGAUAAUAGCAUUAAUUCUCAGUCUCCACAAGAAAUUCGUCAAGGAACAGAUACUUCCGCAACACGACAUGGACAUCAUAGACACAGACACCAUCAUCAGAAGGACGGAUACCUUCAAGACCAGCCUGUUGUUGAUCCAGAGGAUAUGAACCCUAGUUUAAAUGAAAUUACUGAAGAUAUUGACGAUUCCUCAGAAAUCUUUGACAACCUGAUCGAGACUGAUCAUAUUGAGACUGAGCCACAAACCGUAAAACCGACACCCCCUGGUUAUACGGAAUAUAGAGUGGUAGGCGGUCGGGAUUACAAAGGGUACACAGAAGGGCGCCUGGAAGUGCGUCUAGCAAACUCCUUUACUUGGGGUGUUAUUUGCGGUGACAAUUUUGAACUACGGGCUGCCAUUGUGGCAUGUAAACAUUUCAAUGCUGGUUACGCUAGACAAGCUCACAAGACUGAUUACUAUGGUGGAAGUGGAAUAGAUAAAGUCCUUGCUACAUUGAGAUGCACAGGAAAGGAGGAGCGAUUAGAGGAAUGUACAAUGGAACAAUAUGAGAUGACCCCUGGUAGAGCUGCUUGUUCCAAACCCCAGUCAGUGGCAGGAAUAAUCUGUGAAUCAAGACUACCCGAUUUAGAGCCGGACCUUAAAGCGAUAGAAGAGAGCGUAUUUCUACGUGACAGAUACCUGUACUAUCUACAGUGUGCAUACGAGGAAAAGUGUCUUUCUACCUCAGCCGAUGCUUUAUAUGGAUCAAGAACUUGGGCCUACGCUACAAGAAGAUUACUGCACUUCUCAACGAUUGCAAAGAACAUUGGUACCGCUGAUUUCAGACCUGAUAUAGACAGAUCACAGUGGGAAUGGCACGCAUGUCAUCAGCAUUAUCAUAGUAUGGAAUCGUUUUCACACUACGACAUUAUAGACAAGCAUGGUAACCAAAUUGCGGAGGGACACAAAGCAAGUUUCUGUUUGGAGGACUCAAAGUGUGAUAGGGGCGUCUAUCCUAAAUAUAAUUGCCAGGGCUUCGGCCAUCAAGGUAUUUCCGUGGGUUGUUCGGAUAGCUAUUUGGCAGAUAUUGACUGCCAAUGGAUAGAUGUGACUGACGUAAAUCCAGGAACGUACACAUUGAAGAUUGAACUCAACCCGAAUAUGAAAGUUCCGGAGAUAUCUUUUGAUAACAACGUAGCGAGGUGUGAUCUGUAUUUUAACAGCAGACAGGCAACUGUACAAAACUGCAGAUUAGACACUUUAUUAUAGUGCGAAAUAGAAAUGUUUUUGAGUGCAUAAUAGCGGGUGAUCCUAUCUUCAGUAUGUUAUAUGACCUUGAGCAAAUAUAAGAUUUUACGAGUCCGGAGUUUAAGGCUUACGUGCCAAAAGGAAGCUCAAUAGUGGUGAUGAAUUAUGUAACAGGUGCCUCAAUUAUUGCUUACUGUCAGUUUUGAUCAAACUAAGACUUCAAACACCUGGAAGCCGUGCAUUUUUUGUGCACAUUAUUGUAUGUUUUAUGUUAAUUUAAUUGGUUAGAACAGGUUGCUGGUAAAUAUAGCGUGUAAAAGCAUUCCUGAUGUAUAAAACAUUUUGUGGGAUACGUGGUGAAUUUCUAGAUCUCAGUAAACAUGUUUACUGCAAUUAUUCAGGAGUGGGAGUUAUCCUGGACCAUUUUUUUUCGGAACAAAAAUGUUUACUUUUUCAUUUGCUAUAAUCUGAUUUCCGAGCAUCGCUUUGUGUAAUAACGAAUUCUUGAUUCUAGUAUGUUCCUUUCGGAAUGCCACGCAUCGUCAUUUUCAAAAGUUAAUAUCUUAAAAAAGCUAAGUUAUGAAUUAACUCAUAUAACUUUUUUUAGCAAAAAAGAUUACUGAAAUGAGCCGCGCCAUGAGAAAACCAACAUAGUGCGUUUGCGACCAGCAUGGAUCCAGACCAGCCUGCGCAUCCGCGCAGUCUGGUCAGGAUCCAUGCUGUUCGCUUUCAAAGCCUAUUGCAAAUAGAGAAACUGUUAGCGAACAGCAUGGAUCCUGACCAGACUGCGCAGAUGCGCAGGCUGGUCUGGAUCCAUGCUGGUCGCAAACCCACUAUGUUGGUUUUCUCAUGGCACGGCUGAAAUCUAUUUCAAGAACAUUUAAAUUGAUAUAAAAUCUCUAAUAGGAUAUUAGUACGAGCCAAAAAUUGUGCCCGUAUGACACCAGUGGUUGUGUGAUAACAGUUAUGAUUAAACAUUAUAAACAGUUGAUCUCAUUAUAUAUUAUAGUCGAAACUUGAAAGCAUGUUUGGAAACGCAAACAUUUUGUGCAGUUUCACAAUCACAAUCAAAUAAAUUCCUUCACAUUACUUGUAGCGUGUAUAUCAGUUAUCAUUUAGUGCAAGAACAGAAUAUUGGUUACUUCAAUACUUGACAUUAUUUAUCUUCACUGCAAACGUUGACUCACCCGUUAAGAAAGCCUAUCCGAAUAAUUGGCAAUCAUGGUAGUACCAUUUACACACGGUACCAUUAAUUCACACGCCUUGUACAAAAAAUUAACCUAUAUAAAUCAAGAACCACUCUCCAUUCUCAUAUGCUUUUCUGCGUUGCUUAAGAUAUGUUUAAGAAUGAAUUAUGUGUACAUGUCUGACUUUAUUUAUAUGAACUAAAACACGCUUAAUGUAUAUAAUAAAAAGCAUAAUAAUCAGGCCAGUCGUGUUUAGUAUUAACACAUCUUUAUUUGUAAAUAUUUUAUAAAAUUAUUGAAAAUAAAAUAUAUAAAGGCUA